AUGCCACGCUCAGUCUGCAUUAUCGGCGCCGGCCCCUCUGGCCUCGUAGCGGCAAAAACCCUCGCCAACCACCGCCACCCUCCCACCCUCGAGGGAUCCCCCGUCUACACCGUAACCGUCUAUGACGCCAACGCCGCCAUCGGCGGUCUCUGGCCCCUCGAUGCAACGGACGACUCGCGGCCCAUUCACCCCUUGAUGACGACGAACCUGAGCAGGCACACUGUUCAGUUUAGCGAUCUUGCCUGGGAGGGACUGGAAGAAGGAGCGGAAGGCCGGAAGAUGAGUGCGGUGCCUGAGUUUCCGAGGGCUUGGAUGGUGGGGAGAUAUUUGGCCCGGUAUGCGAAGGCGUAUCUGGAAGGGAGUGCGAAUGUGGAGAUGAAGCUUGGGACGAGGGUUUCGGGGGUGUGGAGGAAGGGCAAUGGUUGGGUCGUUGAGGCUGAUGGGGAGGAGAGGGAGUUUGAUGCUGUGGUUGUCUCAUCGGGGUAUUUCGGGAAAGAGAGGAUCCCUGAAUGGCUUGGCCCAGACAGGGCGGGUGGUGAGACCGAGCGGAAGGUUCCCGUCGUGCAUAGCACUGCGUAUCGCGAUUUGAAGCGGUUGUUGACGAGGACGGAUGGGACGACUGCUGCGGGGGGCAAGAUUCUCGUUGUUGGUGGGCAGAUGUCUGGCGUGGAGGUUGCGGCGACCAUUGCGACGCAGUUGUCCUCGGCCGUGAAUUCUCCUCUCGAGAGUCCGAUUCCUAACCCCGACAAGUACUCAGUGCACCAUCUCGCAGAUAGGCCUGUUUGGGUUCUGCCUCUAUUCACUACUCCUACACCAGCAAAUGCUGCGCCCUUCUUCUUGCCUUCGGAUCUCAACUCUUUCAACAUCGCAGGAAGACCCCACCCCCUGAAAAAUACCCGCGGCGGCAUCAUCUGCGAGGAAGCAGCCCGAACCGCCCACGAAAACCUCCGCCGUUCGCUCGGAACAAACCAAUCCGAGUUCCACCCCCUCGCCGUCGUCGAGGAUACCUCGUCCCCAGCCUUCGUCGCCAUAUCUCAGCUCUACCUUCCCCUCCUCCGCGCCAAACUCCUCGACCUGCACCGCGGUCAGCUCACCGGUCUAUCCGGCACCACGGCCGAAACUACCUCAGGGCCCAUCGAGGACGUCGCAGCCGUUGUGCUGGCGACGGGCUUCGAUCCCUCGCCGUCGCUGAGCUUCCUCUCGGAGGACGUUUUGAAGGCGAUUAACCACACGCCAGAGUACCCUGAUCUUACUCCUGCGCUGGCUUUCCACAGCACGCAUCAUCCUUCCGUUCCCGGUCUAGGUUUCGUGGGCUUCUACCGCGGACCGUACUGGGGCGUUGCCGAGAUGCAGUCUCGAUUCCUGGCCGAGCUAUGGACGCCGGAAAACAUCGCCCCGCAAUCCGAGGCCAUGAAGAAGGCUCUCGAAGCAGACCGCUCGAUAGAAAACGUUCUCGCUAUGAGAGGCAACAAGCAGACGGCGCAAUUCCCCAUGGGCGACUACCCCUUCCUCAUGCAGGAAUUCUCCACCGCGCUCAACCUCCCCAUCUCACCCUCCGUGGCUCCCCAACUCUUCAUCCCCGACUCCCCUCUAUCUCUCGACCCACUAACCCCGGCUCGCUACACCUCCCCCUCCGCCAACGCAAACACCUUCUCCAAGUCCCAAACCGCCAAAUCCCUCGCCCAAGUACACUCGUCUGCCAACUCGGCCCUCACAUCAACAAAAUUCAUCGCCGCCUCCAUCUUCAGAAAUCUCCUCGGCACAUGGCACCUCGAGCGCGAAAUCAACAGCAAACUCCCCUCCCACCCCAGCGGCACCUUCACCGGUACGGCGCGCUUCCUCGUGCGACAAAAGACCCUAGAUGGCUUCGACGGCCCCUCUUCCGAAUCCACCAACCCUGCUGUUAUUUCCGAAGACGGGGGGUUAGAGUAUCUCUACAUCGAGGAGGGGACAUUCAACUCUACCCUCGGGUUCUCGUUCUCCGCUACGAGGAGGUACGUUUAUAGAUAUGAUGAGGUGACGGAUACGCUUAGUGUCUGGUUCGUGCGUGUCGAUGAUCCCAGGAGGGCCGAUUACCUCUUUCACGACGUCGAGUUCUUGCCUCGCGAGGAAGAUGAUGACGCCGGUGAUGGUGCUGGUGCGUUUGAUUCGGCGGGCGUGCAUGUGGGCGCGAAGGCGAGGGGCGUCAAGGCGAAGGCGGGUCAUCUGUGCGGCGGGGAUUACUAUUCCGUUGAGUAUGAAUUUGGGUUCAAGGCCGUGAAUCUGGAGAGGUGGACAACUGGGUAUCAGGUCAAGGGGCCGAAGAAGGAUUAUACGCUGCAUGCUGUCUACACGAGGGAUUGA